UAUUCCCCUUGCUUGAUCAGCCGCCAUUUGUACAUAGUUGCAUGGUGUGUUAGUCCGCACAUGUCUGGUGAAAAGUCGCAAUAUAUAUCAGUCUGACAUUUCCAAUUGAAAGGUGGAAAGUAUACAAUGAAGCUUACCAGAGGAAAAAUUGCUGUGAAAAAGGAAAUAACAGAAGGCAGAAUAAAGGGGGUAACAUGCACACAGUGUUCACGGAAAUUCCAGCAUAAUGGACAUUUAAAACGACACAAACUGACUGCACACGGCAAUAAACUGAGAUGCACAUUUUGCACCAGGAUAUUUGAUUCUAAAUCGGAGAUGCUUCAACAUAAGUUAACUCACAUGGUUCGCUGCGAAAAAUGUAAAUGUUCAUUUUCGUCUUCGGGGAAUUUAAAACAUCAUAUGAGUUACGCUCAUGUUGAGAAGAGACAGUUUCACUGUAAAUUGUGCCCCAAAAAGUUCAAAAGCUUAUCAACUCUUAACUCACAUUUGAGAAGCCAUUCAGAUAUAAGACCUUGUAAAUGUAAUGUAUGUGGAAAGUAUUUCAAGUAUAUCGGUCAUUUAAGAGCGCAUGAGGGUACACAUAAAAGAGACCAGUCUUUCCCAUGCUAUAUAUGUGAGAAGAUUUUCACAAAAGCGGGCAACAUGAGGCGACAUAUGGCUGUACACACUGGAGACCAACCUUUCAUGUGUGAUUUGUGCAGUGCCAGCUUUCAGUACAAAAGCGAGUUAAACAAUCACAAAGCGAUUCACAGUAAUAGGAAAAUGUUUGAAUGUAAAACAUGCCAGAAAUGGUUUUCAACAAAAAGUACCUUAAAUAAUCAUAAAAUAGUGCAUUCACCAAUAAAACCAUAUUACUGUGAUCUAUGUGGUAAAAGUUUUCGGCGAAAGAGUGCAGUAGUGGAACAUAUAUCCAGUCAUGUGGGCAACCAUAUCCACAGAUGCUGCUUUUGUGAUAAAACUUUCAUUCAAAUUAAAAGUUUAUAUGUUCAUAAACGAAAGCAUACUGGCUAUAGAAUGUAUCGGUGUGAUUUAUGUGACGAGAUUCUGUUUGAAAAAAGAGGUGCGCAAAGGCACAGAAUUCGGCAUUUUAUUGGAGAAUUUCUUUGUUGUGUCCAUUGCAAGGUUGGUACAACUAUGAAACAGAAGCAGAAAUUUGCCAAUAAAGAAGACUUAAAGGCCCAUAUGGUGAUUCAUAGAAAAGAGAAACGGCUUUCAUGUGACCUGUGUGAUUAUUCUACGGAUGAUAUGUCACACAUCAAGAGGCACUUGCAAAGUGCACAUCGUAGAAACGAUACAUCUUGUUGUAAAAUUUGUCAUAAAGCUUUCCCAACAAUAAAUAGUUUGAAACGACAUUUGGAAGAUCAUGUACAAACAAUUCCAUAAUUAAAUUUAAAUACCUAAAUUCGAAUACCUGAUCUCACUCUAGUUUGUGAGCAUGUGUAUAGACUGGUAAAAACUGGCAUUCUGUCCUUAAGACAAAUAUCUGAAGGUAGACAUUCUAGCUUCCAUUUAUUCCAAAAGGUUUGUUGCAGUGUUUUGUAAUACUGAUCAAAACAACUAAUUUUUCUUUACCAGCAAUCCUGUUGUUUUUAUUUUCACACAAAAUAAAGACAUUUUUCAGAAUUUCCAACCUUUUUUUUCAUGCAAUGUUAACUGUAUCGGUUUUAUCAAUGAGUCACCAGUUUUGAUUAGGGUAAUUAAUUAAGAUUAAUUAUAAGAUACAUGUAUAUCUAUUUGGAACUGAAACUUAUAAAUUGAUUUGUUCAGAAUUGAAUUUUAUUUUGAGUUUACUUCUUGUGUAAGCACACCUCAUUACUUUAAACAGUUCUCAUUGUUAAUUACAGGGCUGUAAGCUCGUGUUUGUUAUAUAUAUAUAUAUAUAUAUAUUUUAAGGUUCUUUUCAUUUGUUUUGUUGAGUAUUUUUGGAAGUUUAUAGUUAAUUGUUUUUUACCUGACUUUUUCAGAGUUUCUGUGAUAAUUUAUAUUUUGCUGUUUUUUGUGUGCAAAAACAUGCAUCAAAAUAAAAUGAAUUUUUCUGAACUAUUUCUAAAUGUUUUUUGAUGAAAUCCAUAGUAUUUAUAUUUUGUGACAAAUUCUUUAUUAUCAAUCUAGUGGAUAGUCUAGGUUUCAAUAGCCAUUUAGGAAAAUAGGAGACAAUUGUUCAUUAGGCUGGACCUCUUUUUGUUCAGUGCAUUUCUUUUUUUUUCAUCAAGUUCAGCUUUAUACAUCCAACAGUCUGCCUGUGGUAUCAUUUUUUUUUCAUUUUCAUAUUUCAGCUAAAUUGUUUGAAGAAUACUGGUGGAGCAUAGCACUUGCCAGUGUGUCCACAUCUGUGCAAUGUCUCAGUUUGGUAAAUUUUUAAGAUUUUGUAACAGAGCUGGUAUCUCACUUUGCACA